AUGAAGAACCUUGGUGAGCAUCUCAACGAAGUCUUUGCAGAUCGGAGCAAGAUGGAAGCUGUAAUCAAUGACUUGGUGCUGGAUGGAGCCAUUCCCGCGUCCAAGCAGCAUGCAAUCCUGGUGCCCAAUCAAAGCAUGGAUGAGUUCUAUUUGCCUCUUACUGCCUUUGACUAUUCAAAAGCCGCGAAGAAUGGAUUCUUCCCCCCCAAUGUGCAGUUCGAGACCCACAUGAUGGAAUUCCUGAAGCAUGGGUAUCGUUCUUCCAUUGGGAAUUGUGAAGUCCGAUUUCCUUUGGCUACUGGGGACCGGCGCAUCCGACCAUUCACGGUUGGACUGGAUGACGGAUUUGUCAAGAUCCUUCUGAUGUUCUCCAUAGUUGCUUUUACCCGGGAGUUGGAGAUUGAAAUGAAGGAUGAUGAUGGCAGUUUGAAGCGGGUGUUGGAGAGCUUCCGUUCAGUUCGGUGUUCCUACACCUUCUUUGAAAACCCUUCACAUCAUUUUUUGCAUUCCCUCAAAACCCAAUGGGUAACAGCGGAGAAGCAAGUUCCAAGUCCCAUCAACAUCAUGGCGGACAUCAAGGAAACGAUUGCUGUGGAAAAACGGCUCAACCGCCAAGGUCGGGGUGCACUCAAGGACAUUCUUGGCAAGGUGAUUGCUGAAUACAACAAAUUUUGCUCCAACAAGCGCCACAGAAUUGACUCCACCCGCCGGAGUUUGAUAUACAAUCUGUUCUUUAACUUGCAUUCAGAAACUUUAUCCCUUGAUUUAUUAGGCACCAAUUGGUAUGCUACUUUGACCAGGGUUUUCUUCCAAAUUGGAUGUUACCGUUACCAGGCUACGAUGCCCGGACGAAGCCAUACAGAUGUUGCAUGA